AUGCGUCCCGAUGACGAGCAAAACAAACCGCCACAAGCUGGUUGGCAGACGCCAGUUACGCAGUCUGAGGUGGUGGAGCAACUGUCAAAUCAUUGGUGUACAAACUUCAUAAAUAGUAGCCGAGCUCGUAGUAGACCCAUGGUCUGUAGACGCGACCGAGCAGUACGUUUUUAGUUUUAUCCAUUAAGGCCACUGAUUGACAUCAUGUCAGAUUCUGUCUCGGAAGGGAAGCUAGAAAUAAAACAAGCCAGCAAAGAGGUGAAAGAAAGUGAAAAUGUUGCGGAAAAGUACUCGGCGAUGUCAGGCGGAAAAAUGGGCAGUGACACGAAGCUUGGUGACUUUGCGGCGGUGCCAGCCUUCGCCGCAGUCACCUCUCACAAACCCGUCAAAAAGCAAAUACAGUUUGCUGAUGACAAACAGGAAUUCAACCGCUUUCCUACGAAAACAGGACGCAGGUCUCUUUCUCGUUCCAUCUCCCAGUCUUCCACGGACAGCUACAGCUCAGCUGCUUCUUAUACAGACAGCUCGGAUGACGAAGCAUCACCCAGGGACAAGACACAGAUCAACAGCAAAGGGAACAGUGACUUUUGUGUGAAGAACAUUAAACAAGCUGAGUUUGGUCGAAGAGAAAUUGAAAUUGCUGAGCAAGAUAUGUUGGCCCUCAUUGCCUUAAGAAAGAGAGCACAAGGAGAGAAGCCACUUGCUGCAGCAAAGAUUGUGGGUUGCACUCACAUUACUGCUCAGACUGCGGUCCUAAUUGAGACCUUGGUGGCUUUAGGGGCACAGUGUCGCUGGACUGCUUGCAAUAUCUAUUCUACCCAGAAUGAAGUAGCUGCUGCCCUUUCUGAAGCAGGUGUUGCUGUUUUCGCUUGGAAAGGAGAGUCUGAAGAUGAUUUCUGGUGGUGUAUCGAUCGUUGUGUAAAUAUGGAAGGCUGGCAGCCUAAUAUGAUCCUGGAUGAUGGGGGAGAUUUGACACACUGGGUAUAUAAGAAAUACCCAAAUGUCUUUAAGAAGAUAAGGGGCAUUGUUGAAGAGAGUGUUACAGGAGUUCACAGGUUGUAUCAGUUGUCUAAGGCUGGGAAAUUGUGCGUACCUGCAAUGAACGUGAAUGACUCUGUUACCAAGCAGAAGUUCGACAACUUAUACUGCUGCAGAGAAUCUAUCUUGGAUGGAUUGAAGAGAACCACUGACGUUAUGUUUGGGGGAAAACAAAUAGUGGUCUGUGGAUAUGGAGAGGUAGGAAAGGGUUGUUGUGCUGCACUGAAAGCACUGGGGGCCAUUGUGUAUAUCACAGAGAUUGAUCCCAUUUGUGCUUUACAAGCCUGUAUGGAUGGAUUCAGGGUAGUAAAGCUCAAUGAAGUAAUCCGCCAGGUUGAUGUUGUCAUUACUUGCACAGGAAAUAAAAAUGUCGUUAUAAGGGAACACUUGGAUCGCAUGAAAAAUGGAUGCAUUGUCUGUAACAUGGGUCAUUCCAAUACAGAAAUUGAUGUUACCAGCCUGCGUACACCUGAGCUCACUUGGGAAAGAGUGCGGUCCCAAGUAGACCAUGUUAUCUGGCCAGAUGGCAAGAGAGUGGUACUGCUGGCUGAGGGACGCCUCCUGAACUUGAGCUGUUCUACUGUCCCUACCUUUGUUCUAUCAAUCACAGCCACCACACAAGCUCUGGCAUUGAUAGAGCUUUACAAUGCCCCCGAAGGACGUUAUAAACAGGAUGUUUAUUUACUCCCAAAAAAGAUGGAUGAAUAUGUUGCCAGUCUACAUCUGCCUUCAUUUGAUGCUCAUCUCACAGAAUUGUCAGAUGAACAAGCCAAAUACCUGGGACUCAAUAAAAAUGGACCAUUCAAACCAAACUACUACAGAUAUUAAUUCUUCAGACUGCUGAAUCCAGCACAGACCGUGAUGUCUCAAACAGUCGUAUUUCUUUGACUCCCUAAAAGAUUUUUUUUUGGUCUGUAUUUUACUGUUCGUGUCUGUGUAUACUUUUAUUAGUUAUAUAUAAAUCUAAACAAAGGUUUUGCCAGAAAGUGUAAAUCAGGAAGAUGCAUACAUGUAUCAUUUUAUCAUUAACCUUCUUUACUUUUGUUUUUUAAUGAGUUAUGCAGCCACAAAGAAAAUCAUUUUGUGUUACGCAUACCACAAUGGUGCCAAAGGAGAGAAGAAUCAUUCCAUGUUUUUUAUUUCUGGGAAGUUGUACAUAUUAUAUCCAGAUUGCAUUCACAUGACAGUAGUAUGACAUUCUUAUUUAGGGAAAGUUUGUUUUGGUAUUUUGAUUAGAUAAAGACCAAAUCUUAGUGAAGUUGCAAAGUGAUGCAUUUUAAAAAACAUCUAUGGUGACCUAUUCCUGUCAACAGUUUUUAAGCACUGAUACCUGCAUUGAUUUGCAGAUUGUUAGAUUAAACUGUGAAUGAUCAUGCAACUACUACCCCUAACAGGUUUCCACCUCCAGAGAUUUUGCUCACUGCAUAUAAAUGACAAUUUUUAAUCCUGUUUUAAAAAAUCUUUGCAAUUUGUAGAAUUUUCAGACAGUAACUACCUGUUUUCCUAUGCAUCUGUCUAUCAUGAAUUUAUAAAACUGACAGUAGUUCAGUAUACUUCAUAGACCAUGUAAGUUUUAACUUUAAGAUGUCAGGAACUGUAACAUAUGUUUUUGUCUUGGUUGUCUGCCAUUAACACAAGACUCUUUAUUCUCACUGCUCUUACCCUUAUUUUUAAGACUGAUGUCUUUAUUAAGGACUAAUUCUGAGUGAUAUUAGUCCCUUUUACACAUGCAGGCUUUGCCUGGAAUUUGUUGGUAAACUGAUGUUUAUGUGAGUGAGCUAAUCAUCAGGUGAUGUAUGAAAAUCUACAAUUAACUUGAUAAUUUCUUGAUUUUCUUUUCUUAGGCUAGCUUUUAGAAAUGUCUGUAGAUAUGACAGACUUUCAAACCACUGAGCCAUUCUCCUUUGUUACUGUCAGGCAUAAAUGUGAACUGCUUUGUGGAUGCUGUUGCCUAUGAGCAAUGCACUCAUGUAGCAGUGAAGUGGGGUGUAUGGCACUUAUCUCAUGGAAGCCAAGCAUCUGUAGGGCGGUUGUGCUACAUAUUGGCUGUCAUGCUUUUCAGUUGCACUGCCAUAGUAGUUUAUAUUUGUGGGAUAUUUUGUUUUGGACUAGUGAAUUCUUAAAGAAAAUUAAUACAGCAUCAUCCAUUGCUGUUUAUCAACAUGUCUUUUUAAACAAAGAUAACUGUAAUACUUGUGGCAUUUUUACACAACCCUCAGAGCAUGAAGACUGCCACUGCUUUACAUAGAAUGGGAACUUCAUGCAUAAACGCUAUUAACCUUGAAUAUUGCUGGGUUGCCAUUGUACAUAUGAGAGAGCAAUUCUUUGUAAAUUCCUGGGAUGGUUAACCUGUGAAUUUCUCAGGACUUUAUAAAUGUCUCACGUGAUGGUUUGCAAGUUAAGAGGAGUAGACAAAUGUUCUUGAAAUGCAAAUAGUGAGGAAAUACGAUGCAAUAGGAUUGACUUUUUGAAGUUAUGGUUCAUGUUAUGCAGUUCAUUAAGAAAUAAGAUCAAGGACCGUGUGCUGCUCGGUGAUUUUACUUUUAUGUGUUUUCUAAAUUGAUCUUUGUAAUUGCCAAGAAGUCGUUUAUAAUUUGCACAGCAUUUGAUCAGAAUCCCUCAUCACCCCACAUACCACUCUUGAAGUGUAGUUAGCUUCUAUUACUUUUAAUCUUGAAUGAAUUUCUAGGAUUUCUAUGAGUAAUGUAUAUUUAACGUUAAAGACUGAAAGAGGUUUAUGUAAAAAAGCUGAUUCUUGGUACUGUAAUUUACUUAUUUCCUUUCAUUGGCAUGACAGGCAAACAAAACUACAGCCCCAAUGAAUAUAGUUUUUUAGUCUUAUGGUGCACUCUCUUUAGUGUUAUUUCAGUGAAUGGACCAUUUUUAAGUAAAAACGGGAACAAAUAUAGCAACGAAGAGCUGGGAACGAUGUUCAGAUACAUACAUUUUAACAAUUUAUUCAGUUUUUAUAAAGGGCUCUACUAGAGAAUAAAAUUCUGAUAGCAUACUGUGAAGUUCUCUUUUGCUAGAUGCAUGAAUUCUUCUUUAUAAAAUGUGCAUGUCUGAAUGCCACACUUUUAUACAUUUACAUAACAAACUCUCACAGCAUUGUACCCUUUAAAUGCCUUUAACUCUGUUCUUUGCCAUUUAAUCUGCUAUUGAUUGCCAUAGUUGCUGACUUUACAGCUUUUUAUGACAUGCAUGUACCACAUUUCUAAGGUUCAUGUUGGACAGUGUCAUGUGAUCAAAUCAAAUGAAAGCACAAAAUCAUAUUUGUCAGUAAUUGUAUUGUGCCACUGCAUCCUGAAAUCUUAGGCUCAGCUAGUGAAACUUUAAGAAUUGAAAAGCCAAAAAAUAUAUACACAUUGGUGGCUAAAAUAUUAAGGUAUAAUAUAAAUCUGAGCUACCAUUUGUUCUUGAGAACAGAAUUUAAAUUAUGCUCUGAAUAGGAAGGCAAUUAGAGGGUGUUUAAUAACUUUAACAAAAGUGGGUCUUUGUAAGUAAUCAAGCUAAUCACUAGAUUAAGAAUAUAUUUGAUUUCUUCACACAUUAACAUUCAAGGGACGGACACUUAAUCUACAAGUUCAUUCUGCAGGGCUAGGAAGUGCAUUUUAACAGGUAACACUGUGACAACACAGACGCACGCCUUAUUCUCAGAAAGAGGUUUGUUUAAAAACAUUGUUUUUAUAUUAGAAGACAAAAUUUUUAGCCUUCAUUAUAAAAUUAAAAUAAUUAUUUUUAAAGAAUUAGUUUAAUGUAUUUAUACUUAAUGGACUGUCUAAAUUUAAUCUACAAAUAUUCUGGUUAUUUUGCCAAAGAGGAUCUUUCUUCUGUCAAAUCUUAGGUAUUGAUUAUAAAUUAUAUGGAAUAUUGACUCUUAGUUGAAUAAAAUUUGUAUUCCUUAUUUCUUGAUUUAUUAAACUUUUAAAUAACCUAAUAACUAGUAGAACAAGAUUUUCAUUAUAUAUCCAUUAAUAUAUUGCAAAAAAUGUUCAAAAAUUGGGAACUUUUGAUAAGUAAAUGCUGUGAAAUUUUGUAUAAAUUCUCUUACCCUAUAAAAACAUAUUUCCUGCUAAAUCUUUUUCAGAAAAUGUUAUCAGUAAUUGUUACCAGUGCAUCUAUUUUGUGAUUCUAAGUAUUUUUAAGAAUACUGGCAAUGUAUCAUUUAUGUUAUCUCACACUUUUUAAUUAUUUUUAUACGCUCGUUAAUUGCUGAAUAUCACUGCACAUAUCUGAAUGCUGUACAACUGCCUUUGCCCUUAUUUCACUUGACAUUUGUUUAGGUUUAUUUUAAAACAUUAUUUUCUUGUAUAUCAUUGCAGGAGCACUUUUAUAAGGCAUUGGCAUAAAAAAUCUUCCCUUAUUUUGUUAGUAUCUUCCAUUAAGUAUGCUGUUUUGUAUUGUUAAAUCAGUAACUUUUAUGCAUAUUACCUGCUUGAAUGGGGUUGAAGGGACUGCAUCUGAGUGAUUUGAUUGAGCACAAUCAAUCUUCAAGGGUUUUGUUUUUCUAAAAAUGUACGUUAGAGCAUGGCAAAAGGAAACACAUAGUUUUAUAUAACAUACAGUUUCAUUUUUAUGGCAGUAAUAUACUUGGUUAUAUAGUACAUCUUAAAUCUUAAUUAAAGGGUUUGAUUACA